UUCUUGAUUCUACAGCUUCCAGGACGAACAGACAAUGAAAUCAAGAAUUAUUGGAAUACACGAGUCAAAAGACAUCAACGCCAAGGCCUUCCUCUUUAUCCAGCUGAUAUCCAACCUCAACAACUGCCUAGUUCUCACUUCUACCACCACCCCCUCCACCACAAUUCACAAUCAAUUUCUAUCACCCAAGCCACUCCUAUCUCCUCCUUCAGUUUCCCAACUCAUCAUCUUCCAGCCCAAAACACCGCCACCACUCCUACCUCCACUACCCCUCCUCCUCUCUCCCCUGGCACCACUUCUACUAGUUUUCCUACCCUUCCACUUUCUGACUUCUCUCAAUCCCAACCUCAACACCCUCACCACCUCCAAUACAACCCUCACCACCACCACUCAUCUCACUCCUCACCCUCCACUCCAACUUCUUUUUCUUUCCAAACUCAAUUACCAUCCCCUACACAUCCACAUACACCAUAUACUAAUGCAUCUUCUAGUCCAUUAUCAUCUCCCACUACCACUGCUUUGCCACUUUUUGACUUCACCAUCGCAAGAACACCUCCGAUCCUCCAGGCACCAAUGCGUUUUAAACGUUUCUCUUCCACCCCUAACUUUGCCUCGCUUGUCAACAACAACCCACCUUCUACAUCCAGUGUUAGCCCAGAUUCUCACUUCUCAUUACCUACUUCAGCUUCUAACACUCCUCCUUUGAGUCACCAGAUCCCUUCUUGCUUUUCUAGCUUCCUUAACAGCAGUUACAGCACCAGUGACUUUCAUGCAGAGUUACAGAAGGAAAAUCAAGAAAUGUGUUCGCUUUUGGCUGCUGUGACUCAGCCGGAGCUCCCUUCAAGCCAAUUUGUAUCAACAGCUAACCGGAUUGGUAUUCCUAGUGUUAGUAAGUUUAGUAAAAGAGCUACUAAGAAGAAAUUUGGUAAUUCUGUUAAAGAUAAGGUUAAUGGAAAACUUGGGUUUGCAUUGGAAGAUCUUUUGAAAGAGGCUAAGGUAUUGACAGAAUGUGGACAGACUUACAUAGAUCAGAGCAGUUUGAUUUUGCAGGAAGAGAAGCCUAAGCUGCUCAUGACCGACGGAUUCGGCUCAUAUUGGGAUCAACCCGAUUCUCUUGCUUUAUCUCCAGGAAUGGAUCAGAAGGUUGAGGAUGGAGGUCAACUCAACAUGAUGCCUGAAGACUUCAUCAAGGUUUUGAACGACCUUCCUUCUUCUACGCAGCCUGAGUUAUACAGUGAUAGAGCAGAUAUCUCCAACGGGCAAUCUUCCGUUAUAACGGAUGAUAAUAUUGGGUUUGAGAUGCAGAUGGCGUCAUUGUUUCCUCCAGCAGACCAUGGCAGGACCCUCGGCUCUUGUUCUUGGGACAACUUGCCAGGAAUUUGCUAAGAUGAUUGCCACUUUUGAGAGAAGAAACCAGGGAAUGGCUUGGUGUAUUUUUAUUUUUGAUUUAUUAUUAUUAUUUUUUUUUUUGUAUUGAACUUGAAUGGGGUUUGUUCUAGCAAUGAUGCUUAUUUUUUAAGUA